AUGAAACUGGACGAACUACUAGGACACUUCAAGUACGAGCGGAUCCUGAAUUCGAAUCCUCAAAAUAAGGUUAUCUCGAUCUUGGGGACGAUCGACGGCAAGGAUGCGAUCCUGACGCUGGAGAAGACGCACUUCACGUUCCAGGCGCAGACGCUGCAGGCGAUGGAGGCCGGGGACAGGGACGCGCUGCAGGAAAAUGGCGCGCUGACGUGCACACAGAACAUCAAGGGACUGAAGGAGGUGUGCAAGAACGACGUGUACUUCUGGGGUGUGUCUGAACUCGAGCAGGACGUGGAGGAGCAUCCCGCGGCGAAGGUGAACCUGGUGUGGCCGGCGACGCCGGUGCACAUCCGCAAGUUCGAGGAGCAGCAGGUGUACAUGUGCCGCGAGACGCCGGAGAUGUACGAGAAAAUCGUCAAGCCGUACAUCGACGAGAUGACGCAGAACGGGCGGCUGCAGUGGGUUCACAACAUCCUGUACAACGGCGCGGAGGCGGAGCGCAUAGUGUACAAGGAUUUCGUGGAGACGAAGCCCGAGGAUGGGAUUGUGCUUCUACCGGACAUGAAGUGGGAUGGUGUGAACCUGGACUCGCUGUAUCUAGUUGCCAUCGCGUAUCGCAACGACGUGCGGUCGCUGCGGGACCUGCGUCCAGAGCAUAAGGAGUGGCUCGAGUCCAUAGGUAAGAAGAUCAGGGCGGUGGUGCCCGGGUGCUACAACUACUCUAUCCGUGCCGAGCAGCUGCGUCUGUACGUGCACUACCAGCCCUCAUACUACCACUUCCACAUCCACAUUGUUAACGUCAGACACCCUGGUGUGGGCGCGGACGCAGGCAAGUCGGUGUUGCUCGACGAUGUAAUUGACCAACUGAACUUCCUGGGGCCAGAGGGAUUCGCCAACCGUACCCUGACCUAUCCAAUUGGAGAAAACCACGACCUUUGGAGCCGCGGUCUAAGAAAGGCUGUUUCUGAGCAGAUGGUUGCGGAUGGCAUCCCUAGACCCCGCACCGCCAUGUCCGUCGAGGAGGAGCCUAGCAUCCCAUGA